AUGGAGGUCCGGACCAUUUUAUUAAUAGCUGCUAUGUGUGGCCAAAGUCACCAAAUCACGGGCUUUGGCUUCCUGGACAAACUUACCGGGGCAGCCCAGGGUAUCGCUGGAGGUAUACUCCCAGGAUCUCAAGAUUCCUACUCCUGUAGCAGAGACGUCAGGAAAGAUUUCCAAACGGCCGCCUACGACUUCACUUUGCGAAUGUAUAACAGCGUUGGAUACUACAAUAAGGAUCAUUUCGUGAUAUCACCUCUAUCGAUGUGGCUGUCACUCGCAGCCGUGGCUGAAGGAGCUGAUGGAUUAUACCAACAGCAGUUGCUUACUGCUUUGAAUCUGCCAGAAGAGAGAUGCUUGCGAGAGAAGUACUACCAGAUUGCUCUGUCAAGAGAACAGCCCGGCAACGAUAUAAAGUUCAUGAGGAAACGCCUCAUGGUUCUGGACCAAGGUCUGAGGCUCAACACUACGUGGUCCCAAUACGUCGAAAGCAUGCAUCUUCUGGAUACAUCUCGUGCUCCAAUCAGAGGAAAUCUUCAGGCGGUCGCGAUGCAGUUGAGAGACUUUCUUGGUACAACAUCUUUUCCGAACCUCAACGGGAACUCCGCGUUGGUUGAUGCUUUGGACUAUGAAGGGCUGUGGACGACUGCGUUCCCCGAAGCGAGGAUAGAGAGAGAGCCUUUCUAUAAUGAAGAAGGACAGAAAAUCGGCAUGGUCGACUAUAUGAAGAUUAACACACAUGUAAAGUUGGCGCACUUGCCCGUAGUAGACGCGAAGGUAUUGGUGUUGCCUGUGGGACACAACGGGAGGUACAGGAUUAUGAUUGCCGUUGGUAUGACGAAGAGAGGUAUGAGGAGCAUGAUAGAAAAACUCAUGAGUUCAGUUAUUUCUGAGGUGCUGUCAGUCUUGCAAGAGAGUUUGGUGCCUCUGGAAGUUGCGAUACCGAGGUUCAACUUUAAUUUCGAGUAUGAAGCGAGCGGGAUGCUGGAUGAGAUUGGUGUGGGAAGCCUGUUUAAGAAUCCUGAGGCUACAUGGUUGAUAUCCUACCCACCAGCGCAGCCUAGCAGCUACUAUCAACGCGUAGCUGUCAAAUUUGACACACCCGGCGUCAACGCGUUACCCAGCCCCAGGAGUGCGCUUAUGGCUCUGAAUCCCAUAUCACUGGCGUCCGAUGUGGCCACGGGUCUCGCUUCAGCUGUGGGAAGGGACUUCAUAGCAAACAGACCCUUCAUGUAUGGUUUAUUCGAUACGGAUAGCAAUACCUGCCUGUUUGCUGGGGCCUACUCUCACCCUGAUUGA